CCCCGGACGUCCCCGGGCCUUGGGCAGAGAGUCUCGGUGGCGGAGAUAUCGGGGCCGUGAUCCUCAAGGGCCUCUGCGCUCGCAGCCAGCAGCCGCCACGUUAAAUCUAAGCAUCCUGCGCUCGGUAGAGAAGGGAUCGAUGGUGUUCUGGAUGCGGGCUUCCAGGGAAGAUGCUCUUCGCGGUCCCGCGCCUCCUCGGGAAGAUCGUUGAGAGUGGAGCGCGGGCGCUGGGCACGCCGGCCCCGGAACCGCGGGAGCCCGCGCCGCGCGGGUCUGCACCGCCGAGACGCCUCCCAGCCCGCUCUCCCCAGUUUGCUUUCCUGCCGCAGUCCGGGCCCGGAUUAAUUCUCUUCACUUGGAGAUGCCUGCUCGGCCGACUGCCGCCCCGGCCCGGAGCCCUGGGCUCACUUCGCAGCCUGCUGCCGAGUUUCACACCGCAGUCCUGCUCAGCAUCCGCCGAGCUUCGCCCCCUUGCCCAAGUCUGCAGAUGGAUGGAUGCGGGGCGCAGGCUUCCCGUGGUCGGGUUAACGCUGGCUCCGGCUAAAGCCCCAAAGCUCCCACCUCGCGCCUCCCGUUUAUCUGCCCGCCCCCACCACCACUACCGAAGGACGUGCCCCUCUGGUAGUGUCGGGGCUCCCAGCCCAAGCAAGGGGGGAGGACACCUCCCUAUCCCCUCCUCCCCAACCCCGCCGCGGCUCGGGGUUUUACUGCAGCAGCCGGAGGUGACAGCGACGCCUUCGCCUCCUCCGUUGCUCUCAGAGCCCCUGCUUCCCCUGCAUCCGGAAAGCGCCCCCUCCUGAGAGGCUGGUCCCCGGAGAAGUGCUAACGAGCUGCAGAAAACCAAAUUUAAAAAAUGUAGAAGUCGCUGGGCUGCAUUCCUCCGAGGACGAGCCUGAUCGCCCAGGACAGAGAGUGGCAGCGUGUGGGAAGUUGGGACCGUAGAGCAAAGGGGGAGGGGAGUGGUGCAGCCGGCAUUCUCCUCUGGAAGCAAUCGCUGGGAGCAGUGCGGUUGGACACAAGUUUGCGCGGGAGUGUUUUCCUUUUGUCAAUAAUUAAUCACCGGAAUCGGUCUGGCAGAAUUGGAGUUUUAGCAAUAGUGCAGAGGGCGGGGCCGAACACCUAACUCCAGGAGGCUCUGAGGCGCCCGGCGCAGUGGGAAGCUCGCAGCAGCUGGGGAGGAGCCAAAGCCUGGGCGCUCACCUAAGCCGCAGGGAGAUACACCCAACCGGGAGAUGAAGAAACAGCAACCCAGAGAAGAGGAGUAACCCACACAGGAUCAUUCCACAGAGGCACAAAGACAAGAACCCAGCUCUGGACCCUCCUCGGCAGGUGUACAACACAGUGAUUCAACGUACUCACCAGUGCUCAGCACGGACAGACUUUCUGCAGCUUGAAGGAGCCAACAAUGGAUUUCAAGCGUGUGAAGGACUAUUUCUCCUGGCUCUACUAUCAAUACCAAAUCAUUAGCUGCUGUGCUGUCUUGGAGCCCUGGGAGCAAUCCAUGUUCAAUACAAUCUUACUGACCAUUUUUGCUAUGGUGGUGUAUACCGCCUAUGUUUUUAUCCCAAUCCACAUUCGUCUGGCUUGGGAAUUUUUCUCCAAAAUGUGUGGCUAUCACAGUACAAUUUCUAACUGAUCCUGUUUGCAUUCUGUGAAUUGGCUUUGCCUAUGUAUAUGUUGCUUACAACUUAACCGGUGUUACGUGAAUACGUGUCUUCUUUCAUUGUAUGAUCUGAAAAACUCUCUUGUCUAUGCACUCAUAUAUCUUGCCUGCAGUGUGGGAUAGAUGUCUUUUAGGUUUUUUUGUACAUGCUACAUGGUGCAUUAGUCCAUAUAAUACAUACACCUUGCCUCACAUACCAACCAUAUUCUUUCAACUUAAAUCUACAACUUUAGAUUUUUUUUAAUCAGGAAAUUUCAUAUAAAAUUUUUCUGAAAAGUAGGCUCAUAAGAGACCUACCAGAAUCAUGUUUAAAAUGCUCCCUUGAUAUUUAUUCUGUACUAAAGGGUAUAUUUAAAAAAAAAAAUUGUUCAUAAGCUCCUGUCAAAAGUAUCCUAUUUGUUUACACAUAUAAAAAGAUGUGAAUAAGUUAUAUGGGCCCCCUAAAGUCUUAUUUUCUAGCAAACUGCUGAUACCUAAAAUUCUUUUACUUCAAGUGCAAAAGAAUAGGUGGGAGGCAAUUAUCUCUUUUCAGAAUGGUUCAUGAAUUAUUUCAAAUGCCUCUAAAAGUCUGGCUUUAUAAGAGUUUAAAAUCAACAAUGUUGAUUUUAGAUAACCCAGUAAGUAUUAUAAUACAAAAAAUAUUAAGUGUAAGGAACAAAAUAUAAUCAAAGUAAAUUCA